AUGGCAUUGAAAUGUUACGCAUUCCUAAAGGCCCGGAAAUCCUUUGCACUCGGAUGCAAUCCUGGUCUUAUUGUUGGAUAUAUGCAGCAGCUGCGAGAAGGAAGUGGUCAAAAUGACGAGUCAGCGAUGACAGGCGAGGAUGAUGUGAAUGUGCUUCCUCCACUUGUAGUUAUGGGUGAGGACGAACUGCAAGUAGAGAAGCAACCUCAUGGUUACAUCUUCAGAAAAAACUUAUUGGAGGCACGUCAAGAUGGUGGUUUAAUGACCAUUGACAGAGUUUGGCAACCAGACAACAUGUUUCUGAUGCCAAUGCCACAACAACUGAAAGAUAUAUGCUUGUCAUUGGCAUUGUUCAAGUUGCUAAGGUGUCGAUUUGCAAGGUACAAACUCACCGAUGUCAUCUCUAUGGAGACCACGCAUUUCAUCAGAAGCAUCUUGCUGAAGGAUGGUCAACAUGAAAGGGCGUUCAUGAUGAUUGCAGAUGAGCUUUCUUUUCUUCAUGAUUACUAUGCUUCACCGCUCCCAAUCUCCUAUUUAGACAACUGGUUGAUUAUAACCAAUAUGGUUAUCUCACUCUUGAGCAUAGGUUACUACGUACUUGCUGGGAUGGACAUCAUCGCAAUGGUGUACAAACAUUCCCUUUUCAUGCCUAGCCAACUCUCCCCUGCUGACAACAGGUCUGAUGUGCUGUUCACGCUUCGUUGCGUGUACAAAUGUAGUGAGCACAGCGACCGGACAGACUUGAAGUUUGGAAGUAUAUAUUCUGAUCUAAUACCAUUACUGCUGCUCCUUCUGUUCGUCGUGGUUGCUGAGGCGAGGGAUGUUGCUUCCUACCUAUGCUCUAGCUGGACCAAAGUAAUUCUCACCUGCCGCUGUGUGCACCGCGCCUCCUUGAAGCUUUCUCCCGUCGUCCCAAAAUGGGUUGGCUUUUUGUUGCGAUGCAGAUGCAACUGGUUGAUGAGGCAUUGGAACAACAAAAUGAGACAAAGCUCAUUGCUGGUGCUUCACCCAAAGCAACUUCACCAACUUGUCUUACCUGGCUGCCUUCUUCACUUGCUGGGCCGAAAGAGGAGGAAUAAUGUCAAGGUACCAUCAGAAGUGAAGGCUUGCAUCAUCAACGCCCUAAGAAGUACUAGUGGAAGCAAUGGAGCUGGCCUAAGCAAAGGCACAACGUCCCUGCGCCAAAGCCAAGCUGGCAGAAGCUUACUCUGGGCCUGCAACAACAGCAAAGGUACAUCUGACACCAUACUUGUGUGGCACAUCACCACGACCAUCCUUGAGGUGAGGCACCCACACCAUCAAGGAGAUGGCCGGCCUUCUUCUGUUGUUUCUGAGAAGAAGAUCGCCGCCACUCACCUGUCGUGCUAUUGCGCGUAUCUGGUGGAGUCCUGCCCCGAGCUACUUCCUGAUGAUGAUGCAUGGAGCAAGUACCUCUACAAGGAAGUUAAGAAGGACGCCGAGCGAGCCCUCGUCAGUGGCGGCGACGGCAUUGAGGUGUCAUCCCUGACGCCGGAAGCGGGGUACCGACAGUUGAUCGAGUUGUUGGGUGCUACACAGAAUCAUGAGGUGCUCAAAGAUGCCGCGAAGCUCGCAGAGCAGCUCGGGGACCUGAUCGGAGGCGAGGAGAUGUUGUGGGAGUUGCUGGCCGGGUUUUGGUCGGAGAUGAUCCUGUACGUGGCUCCGUCGGACAACGGGCACCUACAGGCCAUCGACAGGGGCGGCGAGCUGAUCACUCUCUGGGCAUUGCUCGCCCAUGUCGGCACCGUCGACAGGCCUGACGACACUAACGCCAACGCCGCUGCAGGUGCUCCAGCCGCCGUCGUCAGGCCCGACGCCGCUGCAAGUGCUCCCUCAGUCAGUAGUGUUUAAGUUUGCUCUACCUAUUCAUGCAUACGCUAAUUUGCAUGCUUAGCUGUUGAUGUCAUUUCCUUUCAUUGUUCAUUAAGGUCUUGUUGUCAGUGUGUUUAAGGUGCUGUUGGUCGUAAGUGUGCUUUAAGGCCUUGUUGUUGGCUUUAUUUUGAUUUCUCGUUUCUGUUAGCCAAGAAGAGGUGGGAAGUGUGUGGGAGAGAGAUGGCGUUGUUUUACAGCUUCAGAGAUAUGAAAAGUUGGUGCUGUUUUUCUUGC